GGUCACGUGACUUUGUUUACCAGCGACAACUGAGUUAGCGAACCACGAAGCAAAAUUGGGUUUUUUUUAAGGUUGUGUUUUCAUUGAAAUCGAGCAGCAGCUGACGAGCGGGUUUCUAAUUGGGCUCCAGAAGCACAUUAUGAGGUCGCUGAACUACGUGCAGCGAGUGAGUUUGGACUUCACCGGCACGCUCUUCCCUCACGCCAUCUGCCUGGGAGAUGCCGACAACGACACGCUGAACGAGCUGGUGGUGGGCGACACGAGCGGCAAGCUGCACGUGUACAAGAACGACGACAGCAAGGCUUGGAUCACCAGGAGCUGCGUGGGCACGCUGACGUGCGUCGCCGUGGGAGACGUGCGCAACAAGGGCAAGGUACGUCUGAGACUCGAGCGCGCGGCCGCCGUCGCCAUUGGGUCCUCACGAAAAGUUCGGGCGCAGAACUUUGUGGUGGCCGUGGGAGCGGAGGGCUGGUUCCACCUCUUCGACCUGAGCGCCGCCAAGGCCGACUCGUCGGGUCAGCACGAAGGUUUCGCCGCCGACGAGCAGAAGCCUUUCUUCACGCAGCACAUCCCCGCCAACACCAAAGUCAUCCUCAUCAGCGAUAUCGACGGCGACGGCCGCAGCGAGCUGGUGGUGGGCUACACCGACCGUGUGGUGCGAGCGUUCCGAUGGGAAGAACCUUCGGACGCUUCCGACGCGGGAUCGGGUCAGCUGCUUCUGCUCAAGAAAUGGCUGCUGGAAGGACAGGUGGACAGUCUGUCGGUGAACCCGGGUCCCGAGGGCCUGCCGGAGCUCAUGGUGUCGCAGCCCGGCUGCGGCUACGCCGUCCUGCUCUGCUCGUGGACGCAGCGGGACUCGCCGCCCCCCUGCGACGCCGCCGACGGGGAGGAGGACGCGCGGGCCGCGUCCGCCGGCGACGGGCCCUCUCGAGAUGUCGUUCUCCGUCUGACCACCGGGCGGAUCCACAACAAGAACGUUUCCACGCAUCUCAUCGGGAGCAUCGGCAAAGGCUCGAAAGAGGAGUCUUCUAAAUGCGGCCUGUUUGCUCUCUGCACUUUGGACGGGACCCUGAAGUUGAUGGACAGCUCGGAGCAGCUGCUGUGGUCGGUGCAGGUGGACCAUCAGCUCUUCGCCCUGCAGAAGCUCGACGUCACGAGGGACGGGCGCGAGGAGGUGGUGGCGUGCGCCUGGGACGGCCAGACGUACAUCAUCGACCACAACCGGGCCGUGGUGCGCUUCCAGUUUGACGAGAACGUUAACGCCUUCUGCGCGGGUCAGUACACGUGCAAGGAGGGCAAGAACAGCCCGUGUCUGGUCUACGUCAGCUUCAACCACAAGAUCUACGUGUACUGGAAGGUGCAGCUGGAGCGCAUGGAGUCCACCAACCUGCUGCGCGUGCUGGACGAGCGGCCCGACUUCAGGCGGCGGCUGACGGCGCUCGGAGUCGCGGACAUCGGCAUAAGUCGGAACUCCGGGAGGACCCUAAGAGGUCUUCGUUUGUGUCGCCCCUCCUCUCCGCAGGUGGCGAGGACCCGGCGGCCGUCAGAUCUCUGCUGUCAGACGUCCUCUACAAGGAUGCGCACUGAUCUUCUUCUUCUUCUUCUUCGUCUUCUUCUUGUUUUGUGCAUGCUAAUAAACACUUGGCAGCACGCCUCCUCCUCCUCCUCUUUUUUAGUAAGCGGCCGCCAAUCAAACGUGACAGGCCGGUGAAAGCGCUUCAGUCACUCCGCACUUCCUCCUCCGUCUUUCCCACGCGUCAAUCUUCUUCUCCUCAAAGACAUUUCGUAACCUCCGCCAGGAUGACGGUCAGCCGCGCGCACGUGCCGGCGGAUGGAAAAAUAAAAACGACGACGCUCGUCUCGCGUUGACCCGACCUUCGAUGUCAUGUCGCCGCGGCGCACUGGAAGCGCGUUCAACGCAACGGUCGGACCUGUGACAUUUUUAGCGGCUUCGCCGUGCACGAGCGUGUUUUAAAAGGGCGACGCCAGCAGACAGGAGAGUCGUACCCUCGUCGUCAAUGAGGCCCGCCGAUGCCGACAAUACAGUUACUAUUUCAAUGAACUUUUAUUUUUAAUAUAUUGUUGUGAAUGUAGCACAUCCGCCUCACAGUUCUGAGGACCGGGGUUCAAUUUUCGAAAAAAAAAUUAAAUAUACAUCAGAUAGUCUAUAACAACAUUUAUAAAUAUUAAUUUUAUGUACAAAUGGAAAAAAACGUAUUAUAUUUCUUAUUCAUCUCAUUCAAUAAAUUGUUGAAUCAUUGAAAAUACUAAAUACUAAAAUACAACUAAAACAAUUUCACAUAUUCCAGUUUUAAAAUUCAUUCAUUCAAUUUAUUCAACAAUGAAUAGGUUAAAAAAAUAUGAAUGAUACAAUUCAAAAAUGGCAUGAAUUAUUUUAUCAUUUAAACGUUUUACAUGCAUGUUUAAAUUAUUGUUUGAUUGAUGGAUUUAAUUGAGUAAUUACAAUGAUGGUUAUUAUUUUUACUUGAUCGACAAAUGACCUGGCCCGUCUAUCCGAUGUGAAGAUAAAAUGUGAGGUGCAUCAAUUUUCACACCCCUGAACAACUUUUUCUGGGAAGGAAGGUCAGGGGUUGGUUGUUUUUGAAAUGUAAGCCCCUAGCAAGACUCUCCUUGCUUGUUUUGGACCCGUUUUGGUUGGCGAGCACGUUACGUAAGCUUGAUCCGAUGAGCAGCGACAGGCAGCUGCGCCCCUCGCCUCGGGAAGUUCAUCAGCUGACACCGCCGACGAGAGCCGUUUCCAAUACGUUGACCCGUAUCAUGCAACAAUAAUAAGCCUGUUAUUGUGUUACCUAUUAUUGUGUUAGUAUUGUUAGCUUUGCAGAGGCAGAUUUCGGGGGGGUUUUGCGUAACAUUUAAAAAUUAAAAAAUAAUGCAACAAAUAUUACAGGACUCAGCAAUGCAAAUGCUCAUUGGGCCGAAUUAUUUUAGAUAUUAAAUGCUCAUAUUAUAGCACCUUUUAAUGCGGCGCACCCCCUGCAUGAUGCUCGUGCACCCUAGGGUUUGUGAGCAUGUGUGUGAAAAUAUAGCGAGAGUGGGACUUAAAAUGAGCUUUUCAUUGUCUGGCUGGUUCACGGGUCUCUCUCUCUCUCUUGCUCCCUCUCUCUCUCUCUCUCUCUCUCUCUCUCUGGGGAG